AACGUGAUGGCCACUCUUCUGCGAAAGAUCGGUCUGAUCCGCUUGCACGACCGAGACACAGAAGACCCCAAGCACCAUCCGAAAGGGACUAAGCAAGGGAAUCAGAAAAACAGCACCAAGCACUGUCACCAAAACGAGACGAACAUCCUGAGCACCCCGGAAAUCAAGGCCAAGCGCUCGGACGUCUCCGCCAAAGACAAAGCUCCUGCAAAGGACAAGCCGAGCAAGGAGACGAAGGAGAAGCAGCAGACGGGAAGCGCCAAGUCGAGCUCGAGCUCCGUGCCACCUCUGGCGCCCAACAGGCAGCACUGUGCGCAGGUGAGGACGCGGCGUCUCAUGAAGGAGCUGCAGGACAUCCGGCGCCUGGGAGACGAUUUCAUCACGGUGGAGCUCGCCGACGACAACCUGUACGACUGGAACGUCAAGCUGCACCAGGUGGACAAGGACUCGGCGCUGUGGCAGGACAUGAAGGAGACCAACACCGAGUACAUCCUGCUGAACAUCUCCUUCCCUGACAACUUCCCGUUCUCACCACCGUUCGUGCGCGUGCUCACGCCGAGGCUGGAGAACGGCUACGUGCUGGACGGAGGAGCCAUUUGCAUGGAGCUGCUGACACCGCGCGGCUGGUCCAGCGCCUACACCGUGGAGGCCGUGAUGAGGCAGUUCGCCGCCAGCCUCGUCAAAGGACAGGGCCGGAUCUGCAGGAAAGCGGGAAAGUCCAAGAAAGCCUUCAGCCGCAAGGAAGCCGAAGCUACGUUCAAGAGUCUCGUGAAGACCCAUGAGAAGUACGGCUGGGUUUCUCCUCCCGUUUCCGACGGCUGAGGAGCUUGCUGUCUCCACGUCAUCCCCUUUUCCCUCUCCAUGCAGCUUUCUCCAGUUUCUCACCUCCAAACAUUCUCUUGUUUUCCAAAAAAAAAAAGGAAAAAAAAAAAAAGAGGUAUCAUCUCACACUGUAUGUCGAUGACUCUUCAUCGGUCCUCUGCCAUUCCUCACUGAGGUGCCAUGGACCACUCGCUCGCCGUGACAUCACAUUUCUAAAUGAUGAAUGGAUACUACGAACAUGUUUGGCUAAAGGAAGUGAACAAAGCCCUGGGGAAAGUAACUUGGACAGACCCCAACCCUCACGCUGAUUCUGUACCUCUUGAUCACUCGAUACCUCUCUGUGUUUAUCAGUGUGCUUAUGUCAAACCCUUCCUCCUCCAUCUCUUCUUCUUCUCCUUCUUCUUCUUCUUCCGCUAAUCUCUGUUUUCUCUUUACUGUUUUAGAGAUGACGACACAUUGCACUGAACAGCAUCCGAUUUUCUUUCAUUUCCAUGCAUUGUAACGAUAUUUAAUAGCGAGGCCGACGGGUGCAGUACAUUCGAGGUUCAGUUUUGUCUGUUCUUCUUUUUUUUUUUUUCAUGGUUUCAAUGCAACAUGAAAAUUGUAACUUAUGUAGAGCUAUGCUCGCUCUCUCUCUCUCUCUCUCUCUCUCUCCACUUCUCUCUCUUUCUCUCUCUAUGCGCGUGGCUAAAUUUAGACAUCACUGUGUUGCAUAGCUGGUGAUUGAUUUCUCGUGGAGAUGAUUUUUUUUUUUUUAAAAAAACACUCGUUGCUUAUGCAGAGGUACUGUAAAGAUUAAAGAGUGGUAGUCAGCCAUUCUUGCGAAUCAUUAUUAUCAUUAGUAUUAUUAUUACAUUUGGGUUUUUUUUUUUUUUUCCCUCGGAGAAGACCAAAAGCAUUGAAUUUCGAUGAUGUUGAUACCAGAUGGCAGACCUGAAUGUCAUAGUCUCGAAGCAUGAGUGUGCGUGUGGUGUGUACGCAGUGGGAGCAGAUCCACGUCCGUGAUGCAUCUGAGAAAUGUGCACGAGCCGUUUCGUGAUCAAUUUCGUGGCCCCAGAGAAGCUAGAAUCUCAUUAGCGUUUCCUUCGAAAAAUACGAUCGGAGACUGAAUGUACCGGUCUGUGCUCAUGCUUACAGUGGGACAUGCCCCGGUUCCUAUCCGACGACUUCUCAGUGCACAGGCAGUGCAAUGUCUAACGACUCAGGCCUCAGCUUCAGUCACAUUAAAAUGCUCAGUCUGCUUGAACAUAUUUUGCAUCAAUAACUGCAGAUUGAUAAUAAAAGGCUAAUUAAAAUGGACUGAACGGGACAGGUUGCUUGUUCAGCAGUGUGUAUUAGUAUUUAUCGACGGCCUCUCCAGAUAUCGGCGUUAAUCCUGAGACGUGACGUCUUUAGUGAGCACCUUUAAGUGCGCGAUUUAAAGGAAAACUCCACCCUUGCUUAUUAAUAAUUCUAACUAACGUCGAUCUUUAACCGUAACCACGAUUUACUUUGUAAUGAAAUUAUGAGGGUUUUUUUUUUUUCAUCGACACGAUGGGCCGUUUUCUCUUCAGUUAACGAUUUCUUUCAUUACCCACAAUGCCGUUCGGCUGCCUGCUGAUAGUGGUGCCGUUGGGAAUUAUGUUAUAUCAUGAUAUUUUUGGACCUUCGUGUGUUUGAGCUACAAAGUGAGAGAAAAACAUUCUAGCCAGCUAACAUUAGCAGUAUGAGUGAUGUACAUUUUCCUCCUCAAAACAUCAAACUUUACAGUUAAUGUUCGAGAUUUAACAGCUAAUAUGUUUGUUUGUUGAUUGAUCUAAAGCAAAUAC